UGCGGCGGGAGGGAGCGGGAGCGGCGGGGCGCAGCCUCCCGGGCCGCAGCGGGGAUGCGCCGCGGAUCCCGGCCAGGAGGGUGCAGUUCAGCUGAGAUUGACUUCCUCUUUGGCUGUCCAUAAACUGUGAAACAGAAGGAUGUGGAAGACCAUCCCUUUCCUUUUUGUACAUGAGUGAUAAGAGCACAAGAUCAUUAAUCCAGCUUUGCUGCAAAGAUGAGUUCAGAGGAGAAGAGCAUAUCUCCAGCUCACAAAACAUCCACUCCAUCACAUAGAAGUGCCUCCUCCUCAUCAUCGUCUCAGAGAGACAGGAGGCAGAGCGUUCAUAUUUUGGAGCGAAAGGCRUCUUCAGGAAGCACAGACCCUUCUUUAAGCAAGCAGUUCCUUGAAAGYGAUCAUCUCUCUCUAUCCAAGGAACCUGACAGCUGGGAAAUCAUAGAGGGUCUGAAAAUAGGCCAGACCAAUGUCCAGAAGCCAGACAAACAUGAAGGUUUCAUGCUGAAAAAGAGAAAAUGGCCAUUAAAAGGUUGGCACAAGAGGUUUUUUGUCCUGGAUAAUGGAAUGUUGAAGUAUUCAAAGUCACCAAUUGAUAUACAGAAAGGAAAGGUUCAUGGGAGCAUCGAUGUUGGUUUAUCAGUCAUGUCAAUUAAAAAAAAGGCUCGUAGAAUAGAUCUUGACACAGAAGAACACAUCUAUCACCUAAAGGUGAAAUCACAGGAUACAUUUGAUGCGUGGGUUUCAAAGUUGCGGCACCACCGGCUGUACCGUCAGAAUGAGAUCGUGAGGUCCCCGAGGGAUGCCAGCUUCCACAUAUUYCCCUCAGCAUCUACCACAGAGUCUUCACCAGCUGCCAACGUGUCSGAUGGAAAGGUUCAACAAAAUAACUACCCCUGGCAGCCUCCCAUACCUUGCAGUAACAGCCUUCCUGUCACAUGCACUACUGGUCAGAGUAAAGUAGCAGCCUGGUUGCAGGACUCCGAAGAGAUGGACAGAUGUGCAGAAGAUCUUGCUCAUUGUCAGUCUAACCUUGUGGAACUCAGUAAACUUCUUCAAAACUUAGAAAUAUUACAGAGAACUCAGUCRGCACCAAAUUUCACAGACAUGCAGGCUAACUGUGUAGAUAUUUCAAAGAAAGACAAGCGGGUCACGAGACGAUGGAGAACAAAAAGUGUCAGCAAAGAUGCAAAAAUUCAACUUCAGUCCAACUCAUCUGGAGAUAACUUUAGUGAAAUAUCCAGCUUUUUAUGUCUCUGGCAUGCUCAGGAAGGGCCGGCACCGAAGGGCCAGUUCAGCACAACACGACGCCGGCAGAGACUGGCAGCUGCAGUGGCUACAACAGUUCCUUUCAGUGCUACAAUGUCACCCGUUCGAUURCAUUCAUCCAACCCCAACCUUUGCGCAGACAUUGAGUUUCAGGCUCCCCCCAGCCAUGUAACAGACCCUCUGGAGUGCUCUACCGAGUACAUGAAGCUUCAAGAGGAAUUCUGCUUGACGGCACAAAAAGUGCAUUCUCUUUUGAAGUCUGCCUUUAACAGCAUAGCUAUAGAGAAGGAGAAGCUUAAGCAGAUUGUUUCAGAGCAGGAUCUUACAGGCCACAAUGCUCAAAUAGCACACCUCAGACAGUCCCUCUCUCAGGCUCUCAACCAGAAUGCUGAACUAAGGAGUCGCUUGAACAGAAUACAUUCAGAAUCUGUUAUUUGUGAUCAGGUUGUCAGUGUAAAUAUUAUCCCUAGUCCUGAUGAGACAGGUGAACAAAUUCAUGUCAGUUUGCCACUGUCUCAGCAAGUUUCUAAUGAAAGCAGGCUGUCUAUGUCUGAAUCUGUUUCAGAGUUCUUUGAUGCACAGGAAGUGCUCCUAUCUGCCAGCUCGUCAGAAAAUGAGGCUUCUGAUGAUGAAUCUUAUAUCAGUGAUGUGAGUGACAAUAUAUCUGAGGACAACACCAGUGUUGCAGACAACAUUUCUCGGCAAAUUCUUAACGGUGAGCUGACAGGAGGAGCAUUCAGAAAUGGACGGAGAACUUGUCUCCCRGCUCCCAGCCCGGACACCAGUAACAUCAACCUUUGGAACAUUCUGAGAAAUAACAUUGGCAAAGAUCUUUCCAAAGUAUCCAUGCCAGUUGAGCUAAAUGAACCUCUGAAUACCUUGCAACAUCUUUGUGAGGAGCUGGAAUACAGUGAACUCUUGGACAAGGCUGCUGAAACAGAUGAUCCUUAUGAGCGCAUGGUCCUCAUAGCUGCCUUUGCAGCAUCAGGCUAUGCCUCUACAUACUUUAGAGCAGGAAGCAAGCCAUUUAACCCAGUGCUUGGUGAAACUUAUGAAUGUAUUAGAGAAGACAAAGGAUUUCGAUUUUUCUCAGAGCAGGUUAGCCACCAUCCUCCCAUUUCGGCCUGUCACUGUGAAUCGAAAAACUUUGUGUUUUGGCAAGAUAUCAGAUGGAAAAACAAAUUCUGGGGGAAAUCAAUGGAAAUUCUGCCAGUUGGAACCUUGAAUGUGACUCUUCCAAAGUAUGGAGAUUACUAUGUCUGGAACAAAGUCACUACUUGCAUACAUAAUAUUCUUAGUGGAAGGAGAUGGAUAGARCACUAUGGAGAGAUAACUAUCAGAAACACAAAAAGCAGUGUUUGUAUUUGUAAACUCACUUUUGUCAAGGUGAACUACUGGAAUUCCAAUGUGAAUGAGGUCCAGGGUGUUGUGAUAGAUCAAGAAGGGAAGGUGGUUCAUCGCCUCUUUGGAAAGUGGCACGAAGGYCUCUAUUGUGGGGUUGCACCUUCAGCCAAAUGCAUAUGGAGGCCAGGCUCCAUGCCAACCAAUUACGAGCGUUAUUAUGGCUUCACAAGGUUUGCUAUAGAGCUCAAUGAAUUAGAUCCUUUACUGAAAGAUCUUCUUCCUGCAACAGAUGCACGAUUCAGGCCAGAUCAAAGGCUUCUGGAGGAAGGAAAUGUAGAAGCAGCAGCRUCUGAGAAACAAAGAAUAGAAGAACUCCAGAGAGCUCGGAGGCGGUACAUGGAAGAAAACGGCAUUGAAUAUGUACCCAAAUUUUUUAAAAAAGUUAUCGAUGCUAAUCAAAGAGAAGCUUGGGUUACCAAUGAAACCUACUGGGAACUGCGAAAGGAUCCUGGCUUUAGUAAAGUAGACAUUCCUGUACUCUGGUAAACUGAGAAUAUAGACCUAGUAAACAUAUCACUCUGAAGAAAAAAAAAUAACUAUGCACAAUAUGUUUCUUAUAGCUAAACACRGUUUGUGGGUCUACGGACAAACCCAUAUCAUACGCAUUUAUAUUCAUCUUUAUAAUGGACUUCUGAAAGUGCAUUAGACCAGGCCCCUGACCACUUCCGGAUCUUUCUAAUUUUGCAGCAGCCAUGAAAACAAAAAAACAAAAAAAAACAAAAAAAAAAAAAAAAAAAGAAAAAGAAAACUCUUAAAGCUUUGUACAUUGAAAAUCCAGAAAUGAAGAAGCAGAUGAGUUAUCCAAAGUCACUUGGAAGAGGUGGUAAGCGCAAAACUGCAACCGGUGCUUUAAACAGACAUUAAGAGUAAGACAAUUUAAAUAAAAAAAAAAAAAAAAAAGGGAAGAAAAAAAGAAAAAAAUCCAUUUUGUUUCAACUAUUUUUGUUAAAAACUCUUGGGUCACAACACUGUCAAUUCUGGCUUCAGGUUAGUCCUUUGGUGUGAUGUGCUUGGACUGGCCUUUGUCAAAAAGAUAUGCUUUUCCAGAAGCUGUUCCCGUUCAUAUGCCAUUGUUCAUGCCUUAACAAAAUAUGAAGAUGUACAGUAAGUAAUUUUAAAGUAUCUAUGCUUAGGCUURUCUGGAGGGCAGAUUUUUAAAGCUCUAGAAUUUUACCAUAAUAUAAAUACUGGAAGGCCUGCAUUAUUUGAAAUCAAAGGAUARCCAAACAUCUAACUGUAUUUCAGAGGUAUGAGAUCUACUGUACAUGCUUUAGCUUUGGGAUGCUGACUGUAUAAUCAGACUGAAAAGCUAGCUGGCUGAAUUUGAAUUUUGGUAAAUGCAUAUGAAUUGCUAGUCAGAAAGUUCAUAUUCUAAGUGACUGAUGCUGAGAUGCAGUCAUCACUUUUAGUAUUGGCUGGACAUAGACCUCGCAGUGAAUCUCAUUUUCCCAUAWCUGUUUAUACAAUUAGAAAUCCCUGAAGCUUUGCAACAGUGUUAGAAGAACAUAAAGAUUUCAUGGGAAGGUCUCUGGCUCUCAAGAAGCUGGAUAGAACUGUAAAUGAAACUGUUUUCUGCCACACACACUUCAUUUUCCUGGCUCUGUUUUUUCCCCAUCCACUUUUUAUCUAAAUUUAUGUUUGAGAGUAUGGCAGAGGCUCCCAUGUGUUGUAGCUAACAACUUCUMCUUGUGUUGCCAAAAUAGCUUUUGUGUAAAAUGAUAUUUUACGUUUUUUCAUAAAGUGAUUCUAUAUUUUUUGAUUAAAAACAAAGUGUCUUAUGUGUUGCUAAGCCUCAGUUAAUAUAAGUGGGAGAAGACUUGGCACUUUCUAUUGGAAAAUCUCAGAAACAUUAAACAGUAGGAGGGCAGAUUUUAAUGAAAGAAAAAACCARUAAUUUAUUAGAUAAAAGGUACGUUCCAUGUGGUAUGACCUAGUCUUCCAUUAUGCAUGUGUCAUGCAUCCUGCCACUGAUGAUAGGUUAGAUUUCAUGCAUUGACUCUGUAUUCCUUUCUACCCGUACAACACUUACAAUUUUUCUAUUUAAGACAGAUUCCAGUCCUGAGACAUAAAAUAAAAUUACUAGAUAGGUAYGUGAUCUGCCAGCAGAGCUUGAACAGUUCAGUGCAUUACCACACAUGCCCAGCUCUCAUCCUGCUUCUUUCUUUUUCMGAGUCAGCUCCCUACACAACUGAGAUUCCUUUGGUUAUUUAUUUUAGUUGUCCCCGUUGRUUGUAUGGCAGAGUUACUCGCAGGGCAACUGUCUGCUAAUCAGUUCCAGUUUCUUGACGCAGUUCUGUUAUCAGAAACAACUCUGAAAACCUACAGAAAAUAUUAAGUGRACUUUUUAUGAAUUGAUUGGUCAUGAUUUUUUUUUUUAGAUUUGUAUAAAAAUCCCUGUGUAGAUUAAUGGGAUUUCUUCCAGAGAAAAUGUUAAGUUAUUCAGAGAAUGUUAUCAUUUGCUUUCCUAGUUAAACCAAGUCCAUUUUAUUCUUGUUUUAGGUCUGCAAUUGUUAUUAUAAGAAAAUGAAAAUAUAUCAAAGCUGGUUUCUUGAAUAAUAUUUGGUUAACAUCAUCCUACUUCCUUUAAUGACCUUCUACUAGGAAUCAAAUUGGCGCAUUGUGUGUAAAAUAGCAAUUAAUUAUUCCAUAACAUUUGCUUUAAAACCAWCUCUAUUAAACAUUUGUCCAUCUUUUGCUCCAGUCUUGGUGUGCAGCUCACCGUGAUAUUAGGAAGCAUUAUGUGUGUAUGGCUGCAAGUACUUUAGAGGGACAGAACUGCAUGUCCUCACAUUUUUCAUUUAAAUACAGAAAGGUCUUCAGUUUUACAGUGUUCUGGUAGUGCUCUGUGAAUGCCAUUGUUUGCAACGCAAACUGAAACUUGGUGGACACUGAAAAUGCUAUCACUGAAUUGUUUUUUAYCAUUAUUUAUUUGGCAGUCUUUGAAAAAAAAAUAACACUAAUGUUUUUUAAAUUUAGAAAAUCUGUGCUAUGCUAAAUCUUUUUAUUGAUGGCACUUUCUAMGCCUAGUGGAUGUUAAUUAGUUAAUUAGUAAGUAGAGCAGGCACAAAAUUAUGCAGCACAAAAUAUUUGCGGUCCAUAUCAGAAAGAAAACAGUUCACACAGAUGUGCCGUAAAGCAGUUUCUUGUGGUACAGAAUUCUCUAUAUUCUGUACAAAAUCAGUUAUUGCAUUUUUCCUCUAACAUUGGGAGCCAUUGUAGCAUAUUUUGUGCUUUUUCUAAAGAGGAUAUCGAAAUUAUGAUUUUUAAUCAACCUGUGAGCUUUCACAGCACUGAGUCAGAGGGCAUAGCGGGUUUUCCCCUGCCCUGCCCAUGUAGUGCAGAAUGGAGUAUCCCAUGUUGCAAAGAGAAUGCASCCUCACACCUUUUGUAAAUGCCUGCUGGUUUUUGGCAGCGCUGCUGCUCAGACAUCCCUUCCCAUCACAUGGGAUUUUUCUGCUUCAGGAGCAGACCUUUCCACUUGUGUUGAACUUUGUGAAGUGUUUCCUGGCGCAGUCCUCAAGUUGAACAGUGUCCUUCUGGUUGAAGCUUUACCAUUUGGCAUGCCAUCUCACCCUCCUGGUUUGCUGUCAUCUGAGAGUGGUUAUCAUACAGUUUUGUGUCCUUGUCCAGGUCACUGGUGAGAUGUUAUUGACAUGGUUGCAGAACUGACCCCUGGAGGGCUGUCCUCACUGCUGGCUGCCAGCAGGGCAAAAACCAGUGAUCAGUGAGUGCCCUUCAAGCCUGGGGACUCAAACUAUUUUCAGCCCAAYUCACUCCAUUCAUCCAGGCAGUAUUUCCUUUUGGAAGGCAUGAGAAAUACUAUCYGACUCAGUAGAUUUAAUUGCUGUAGGCUUGGUAGGUGAUGAAAAUUAGUGUAAAUCAUUUGACAUUUAAACUUUUUUAAGCAAUUUAAAAAGUUCUUUCACUUCAAAGACAUACGCUUUUCUCCUGUUUUCUCAAAACRUUUCUGUAUAAAAAUACAAAAUUCUUAUGCUUUAGUUUCACAAUAAUGAGCUGUACUUUCUUUUAAUAUUUUUAAUGUGUACCUUAAUAUCUUCCUUGUUCUGGUACUUUCGAUAUGAUAGGGUAAUAGUAGCUAUUUUCAUCACAUGCAAUGUCUUACAAAGACUUAAAUAGCUUCAUUCUUAUUUUAGAUCAGUAUUAUSAAGAUUUUUUUGGCACAUUCGAAAUUUUUAUCUCACAGGAAAAGACAAUUUGAAUAUGAGUUGAUUUUCAUGAAGUAUCACUGUGAUUAAAAAGUCAUCUAGACACCCAUUCUAAUUUUARACCAAAGUAAGUUACAUGAAAUAAUUUUUUUUGUAUUUGGCUUUAAAAGUGCGAUUCCCACUAUAAUAGUCCUUUCAUCAUAGAAAUAAUGUUACCCUUCUUUUUUCUCAUUUUGAACUUUUGACUCUGAAUAGUCUGUGUGGGGUUUGUGUGAGCUGCACAUGCCAGGCUGUAAUGCAGGAUGUGUAUGUGGCACAGUGUUGAAAGAUAUUAUCCUUAAUUCCCUGCUGAACACUAUCAGUGCUUUAUGGAACACCAUUUUCUCACCAGUGGAGCCCAGCACAAUUGCAGUCUUAUAUUGAGCUUUUCCUCAAAAAUCUGAAUUUUUAGAACUACCCUGGAGGGGAGGAGAGGUUCAUUUGCAAUUGCASAGUGACCAAGAAGGCUGUAUAUACUGAUGAUCUGUUUUAUAAAAUUUGCUUUCACUAGCAAAGAUCUGUUAAUAUAGGGAAGGUUUUUGUGGUCUCCUUGUUUUGCAGCAUUUUAGAUAUUGUCUGGUGCAACAAUAAACAGUAGCUAUUUAACAUAUGUUGGCUGCAGUUGUGAUCUGAGGGAUGRACAUUUUUAGAUGUCAUUAAUCACACUGGAACUGCACAAUGCAAGUAAAGGAGAGUUUUUCAGAUUAAAUCCWCUUGAAAGUGUAUUUGUGUUCAUAUGCUAAAAUGAUAGGAGUGAUUAAGUUAGAGAAUUUGGCCUGCCUGGGGGACUAAAACUAAUAUUGGCAAAAGUGUCAGUCCAGUCAGAAACACUGGAAUGGCCUCACUGGUAACCUCGUGUUAUGCACAGACCCGUUAGAGAGCUAAGAAAAUUUGCUAUGUCAUAACCACUUACCUUGGCAGCUGCUGGGGCUGAGAAAUACUGCCUUGUUUUUUCUUUCUGUCUGUCAUUAAUUAACAGUCAUCAAAACCGUGUAAAACUUGGAUUUACCCUUCAGUGCACAUAUUGAUAAAUUCGAAGUAUAUUUAGUAUAAAAAGUAUAAUUUUCUACUUUACCAUUACUUUUAUGAUAAUUCUGAYGCCAGUCAGUAUUUUCAUGAAGAAAGGGGUUGGUUGUUUUGCUUUUUUU